AGACUGAAGAAUUACAGUUGGCCGGUCUGUUCAACGACUCUCUUCUUCGUAAUCUCCGCUAGCCUACGCAAGCCAGCAGCCCCUUGCCUAUCUGGCGCACGUUAGUAUCUAUAAACCAAAAAUACUCCCCCAACUCUCUCCCCGCUCCUUCAUGCGCUCUCUGCUCUUCCACCAUCACCUCCACUGCUCUCCCUGCCAUUGCCUCCGCUCUUCCAUCCUUCGGAAGCCUUCAAGCUUAGUCUCCGCCGCCAUGGCCUCUUCCCUCGCUCUCCCAGCAAUUUCCCCCAACCGCAUCUCCUUCGCCGCCUCCGAGGCUCUUAACGGCUGCUGCAGAAAUGGAGCUCGCGGAUUCGGAAUCAAGAACUUCGGUCGAUCUAGGGUUUUCAUGAGUGUUUCAGUUGGAUCACAGACUGUCGUCGACGACUCCUUGUUCGCUGAUUACAAGCCUUCUGCUGCUUUCCUGUUCCCUGGUCAGGGAGCACAAGCUGUUGGAAUGGGGAAAGAAGCUCAAAGCGUAUCUGCUGCUGCAGAAUUGUACAAAAAGGCAAAUGACAUACUAGGGUAUGAUCUUCUAGAACUCUGUCUCAGUGGACCAAAAGAGAAGCUGGACUCUACUGUUAUAAGCCAGCCUGCUAUAUAUGUCACUAGCCUGGCUGCAGUUGAGAUGCUCCGUGCUCGUGAUGGUGGCCAGCAAAUAAUUGAUGCAGUUGACGUCACUUGCGGACUCAGCUUGGGAGAAUACACUGCCCUAGCAUUUUCUGGAGCCUUCAGCUUUGAGGAUGGUCUCAAGCUGGUGAAGCUAAGGGGUGAAGCCAUGCAGGAAGCUUCUGAUGCUGCUAAAAGUGCCAUGGUCAGUAUCAUUGGACUGGACUCGGACAAAGUUCAACAGUUAUGUGAUGCAGCCAAUCAAGAAGUCGAUGAGACUGAGAAAGUUCAGAUAGCAAACUUCCUGUGCACUGGAAACUAUGCUGUGUCUGGAGGUGUGAAGGGGGUGGAAGCAGUUGAAGCGAAGGCCAAGUCAUUUAAAGCAAGGAUGACGGUGCGAUUGGCUGUUGCCGGUGCUUUCCACACGAGCUUUAUGGAACCGGCUGUCUCAAGAUUAGAAGCUGCACUUGCAGCAACAGAGAUUAGAACCCCAAGAAUACCAGUUAUAUCUAACGUCGAUGCACAACCACAUGCAGAUCCCGCCACGAUUAAGAAGAUUUUGGCACGUCAGGUGACUUCCCCUGUUCAAUGGGAAACCACUGUGAAGACUCUUCUAUCCAAAGGGCUGAAGAAGAGCUACGAAUUAGGCCCCGGAAAGGUUAUUGCUGGAAUAGUGAAGAGGAUGGAUAGAGGCGCUGAGAUUGAGAACAUUGGUGCAUGAUCAGCAAGCAAGAGUGCCCAAAUUUCGUGCAUAGUCUAUCCUAACAAUCAAGCCAAGAAUCGCGGAGCUGAGUCUUGGAAGUUCGUUCUUUAAAUCGGCGCCAUAACAUAAGUCCAGUUUGUAGUAAGAGAGAGAUAGAACUUCGAUGCAGCCAUUGUUCAUGUUUGUUACAGAAUGCUGGUAUGGUUGCUAUGGUGUAUACUGGAACAAUAAUUUAUAUUAUUGAUGCUAAGAUUGUAUUGACUGAGAUUGCGAGAACAGAAAACCAGAAAAUAAGAACAAUCCCUUUCAUGCUUCAAUCACACACUAUAUCAAUGCGAGACUAGAACCCUAGAUCAGAAAUUAGGGCAUUCUACUCUACAUUUCAAGGUUGCGGCAUCUGCCUAAUCCGUCUGAGGCGAUCAAUCCACUGAGUUUCAGGAAUUUCUCCGGCCCAAUCAGGAGCUGAACCUACGAAGGAGAUCCCACGCAUUGCCUCCAUGACUCUAGUAGCGUUCUCCGGUGUCAACGGCGCAUUCCGUCGGUUCUCGUCUUCCCUGAUAGCUUGAACCACCGUCGAAUUGGACGACUCUGCCACCACCAUCUCCAUCUCUCCCUCCUCCUCCACCACUUGAUUUUCGUCGUCUUCGUCGCUCUUCACGCCGUUGAGAUGGAGAGAUGAGAUCCAGCUCUGCGCUUCGUGAGCGAAACAAUGGCCGUUCUCGAGGAUUCCCGAAUUAGGGGCGUGAUUCGCAUGGUCGGCAGAUUCGUCUUCCUCUUCUUCGUCAUUCUCGUCGGCGUGCGAGAUCGGCUGGUAAUACUCCGGUACCUCAUCGACGCUGGUGUCUGAAUCGCUGCCGGCGUGGUUGCUGUGAUCUACACAGACGAUGGGAGAUGUUGAUGGCGGAAGAAAUGGCAGCUGAUGCUACCUCUGAAUUCAAAGCUAAAAGUCGAUAAGGAUACAAAGAUGAGCAUGGAGAAGAAUACCUUCAAGCGAAACAGAAGAAGCGAGGGAGUUGGCCGCGUU